AUGUCCGGCGCGUUGCUGCGACUGCAGAACCUCGCUGCGCAGCUCUUCCCCUCAUCUACUACUCCCUCGGCUAAGGGCAACACCAGCUCCAACCAUGAAACUAGCAACGUGCAGGAGUACAACCACCGCUACAACUUCCACACGCUCUCGCCCACCAGCUUCUUGCCGCGUGCGGCAGCCAUAGAACCAAAUGCCGAAGCGAUCUAUCACGUCACGGCUAACGGCCGCACCUUGCGGCGUACGUACGAAGAGGCAGCAGAUCGCGCCCGCGGACUGGCUUAUUUCCUGAAAAAGCAUGCCUACAAGCGUGUCGGUAUACUCGCGCCCAACACCCCGGCUUUCCUAGAAAGUUUCUUCGGCAUCGCAGCGGCGGGUGCAGUGAACAUUGCCGUCAACUACCGUCUCAAACCGGAGGACAUAUCUUACAUCUUCCAGCACUCGGACGCGGAAAUUAUCAUCGUCGACGCCGAAUUCGUAUCAUUGCUCGAUGGCUACCGCUCUUGCAGACCCUCGGUCCCGAUUCUCGUCGACACGGACACGGAUGCCACUGAGGGCGAGUUAAGUGGGCCUUUCGAUGAAGCUGUGCUUGAGGGUCUGCAAUACGAUAAGCAGCAGGGCGACAAGGGCUGGUCUGGCUUAGAGGCGCAGGCAGCUCACGAGGACGACGUCAUUGCUUUGGCGUAUACUAGCGGGACGACGGCGCGGCCCAAGGGCGUUGAGUACACGCAUCGGGGUGCGUAUCUGGCCGCAAUUGGCAACGUGGUGGAGAGCGGGUUGAACUUCCAUAACGGCAGAUGCAGGCUGGACGUUUCCUUGGGCCGUGACAGCGUGCAUGUCUAUGGAAUGACUGAGACGUACGGGCCUAUCACGAAGGGAUAUCACAUGCCUGAAUGGGAGGAGUUACCUCUGAAGGAAAAGUAUGCAAGGAUGGCGCGGCAGGGUCAUGCUUUCGUAACGAGCCUUCCCAUCCGCGUGAUUAAGACGGAACUUCCAGAGGGGCAGAUUGUCGACGUGGAGAAGAACGGGACUGAAAUCGGAGAAAUCGUUUUCGCUGGGAAUAUCUGCUCCAAGGGUUACUACAAAGACCCCGAAGCCACCAGCAAGUUGUUCGCUGGCGGCGUGCUGCACUCGGGCGACCUGGCGGUAUGGCAUCCUGACGGCGCGCUCCAAAUUUUGGACAGGGCGAAAGACAUCAUCAUCAGCGGUGGCGAGAACAUAUCCUCUGUAGCGUUGGAGAGCAUGCUUGUGACUCAUCCGGAUGUCUUGGAAGCUGGUGUCGUUGCUGUCCCAGACUCUCACUGGGGCGAAAGGCCAAAGGCGUUCAUUACCGUCAAGCAGGGCAAGGCACUGAACGGCGAAGACGUCAUCGCGUGGGCCAAGAACCACAGUGCGAUCAGCAAAUUCAUGGUGCCACGGGAGGUGGAGGUGGUGGGAGAGCUUCCGAAGACGUCGACGGGGAAGGUUAAGAAGAACGUGCUGCGGGAGUGGGCGAAAGGAGCGGACAGAUCGGCGGCGAGGUAA